GCAUUGAAAGCUCAGCGACGUAACGUACUAAAUAUUUGCGAUAUCAAAAUGGAUCGUUGGUCGAAUCGUGUAGCCGUCGUAACUGGCGCCAGCUCGGGUAUUGGAGCUGCCAGUGCCAAGGACUUGGUGGCCAAAGGCAUGAUCGUCGUGGCACUGGCACGGCGUGAGAAUCGCCUGCAGGAGCUGAAGGCACAGCUGCCAGCAGAUCAGGCCAAGCGCUUCUACUAUCGCGUCUGCGAUGUGGCCGUGGAGCAGCAAGUGAUCGACACGUUUGCCUGGAUCGAUAAGGAACUGGGCGGCGCCGAUGUGCUGGUUAACAACGCGGGCAUUGUCCGUAGUAAUACGUUCCUGGUGGACCAAGGCAACAGCGAAGCAAUGCGCGCGAUCCUCGACACCAACGUAUUGGGCGUGACCUGGUGCACACGUGAAGCUUUCCAAUCGCUGCAGCGCCGCAAGAUCGACGACGGACACAUUUUGAUUGUGAACAGCAUUACGGGCCAUCAUGUGCCUGUUAUGCAGCAUAUCAGUUUGAACAUGUAUCCGGCAUCGAAGUUUGCGGUCACCGCCUUGACCGAGGUCCUGCGCCAAGAGUUCCUCACCAAAGGCACCAAGACAAAGAUCACGAGCAUCAGUCCCGGCGCUGUGGACACUGAAAUCCUCAACCAGAGCAAACUGCCGAACAUUGGUAGCUUCCCUAUGCUGCGCUCCGAGGAUGUGGCCGAUGCGAUCUCCUACUGCAUUCAGACACCUCCCAAUGUCCAGAUACACGAACUAACGAUCAAGCCUGUUGGCGAGAUAUUCUAAAGCCCAUCAAUUGCCAGCUGCCUUUAGAUACUGACCAAGUUGAAUUAUAUUUAUU